GUGGAUAGAAAUCAUGGAUGUAUUAAGAGAACGUAGAAAUGGAGCAAAUAUGAUUUAAAAAAAAAAACAAAAACUUUUUUUAAUAAACACUCCGCCCCCAUGUGACGUAGCCCGCUACCUCUUACGUCACUUCCUGGUUCUGUUAUCAGGUGUGGACUCCUGACUUCAACUGCUUCAAGUCACGCUGAAAAUCUGUCGUUGCAAUGUUUCUCGGUUUGUAUUUUUUGAACUAAAGUUUUGUCAGAACUUCUCCAGCAUGGCUUCUUGGUGUGAGGACUCCAUGUGUGUGGACUCAGAGAAAGUGGACUUGUGGAGUGUUCCUGUCAUCGCUCUGAAUGUGAGAGCCAGGAAACAGCUGGGUCUGUACCUGAACCCCAGGACCACGGUGGCCGCGGACUGGAUGGCUGUAGCAGAGGCCAUGGGCUUCACCUACAUGGAGAUCAAGAACUAUGAAGCGUGUAGAAACCCAACACUGACGGUGCUGGACGACUGGCAGGCCCGCUCCACGGACGCCACGGUGGGGAGGCUGCUGGCCAUCCUCUCGGAGGUGGAGAGGAAAGACAUCGAGGAGGACCUGCGUCCUCUGAUAGAUGAGGAUGUCAAGAAGUAUUUUGAGAACCUGAAGAAGAAGUCAGAGCCUCCUCUUCAGGUCCCUGAGGUGGACAGCUGUCUCCCUCGCACCUUAGAGAGGAUAGGUAUCACCCUGAAGGACGACCCCGAGGGUGCUCCUGAGCUGUUUGACGCCUUCAUCUGCUACUGCUCGAAGGACUUCGAGUUUGUCUGCGAGAUGAUCCGUGAGCUGGAGCAGACGGAGUACAAGCUGAAGCUGUGUGUGUUCGACCGAGAUGUCCUGCCGGGCUCCUGUGUAUGGACCAUCACUAGUGAACUCAUUGAGAAGAGGUGUAAGAAGAUGGUGGUGGUGGUUUCGGAUGAAUACCUUGACAGCGACGCCUGUGACUUUCAGACCAAGUUUGCUCUCAGUCUCUGUCCCGGAGCUCGGAAUAAACGGCUUAUUCCAGUGAUAUACAAGCCAAUGACGAAGCAGUUCCCCAGCAUCUUACGCUUCCUCACCAUAUGCGACUACACCCGGCCUUGCACACAGGCCUGGUUCUGGGUACGGCUGGCCAAAGCUCUCUCGCAGCGUUAGUCAAGGAUGGACCAGGCAGUUAAUUGUGUUUAACGGUUCCUUUUUAUUCCAUCAAAGGCGAUGUCUGACGAUGAGCAAACAUCACAGGUUAAAGUAUGUGCUUUUGCUUGUGAUCCACGUCCUGUUGGCUUCUGAUGCACUUAUCAUAUACUGUGUGUAUACAGUAUAUUAUAGUGCUACUAUUUGUUUCCUACGAAGAUGACAUUUUUCAAGAUGCACAAGGAUACUAAAUAUCAGCAAAGUUCUCACUGCACACAGGCAUUAUUAUGUUUCAAGAAUAACAUAAGUUGUGCUUGCCGCUGUUCUGUAUUUAUGUGAGGAGGAUGUGUUUGUGCUAAAUGCUCUGUUUUUUUUUUUGCGCCGGCCACUUCCUCUUAUGAGUCAAUUUCUAAAUGAGAUUGGAGCUUAAGAGGAAGAGAUAUUUGAGAUUCUUCCACUUGUUAACUUUUACUGACUGCUGACACCUGCCUUUCUCUCUCACUUUCUCUAUCUGUCACCAUGAUGUCUUUUUACACUUGGUUUUGUACUUUUGAUAUGGUCUUUUCAGAACGGUUUCAUAAAAGUGAAUUUAUUCCAUCUUGAAUAAAUUAUCUGAGUAUUGUUUCCUCAAAAAAUACAUUUUACACAUUU